AGCAUAUCGUGCUUCCAUCUCCGCUCAAGUGCCCGGAAACCUGCGGUAUGGGCCCGACUUUCUAAACCGACACUAAAAGUUUAUGAUUGAUUCAUGAACAUAUCACCAUGGCCACCAUCUUUGAGGACUUCGUACAAGGCCAGCGACUUGGCUCUGGCCCUCGCCUUGCUGCUGCUCUCACUCCCGUUGCCCCCGCCGAGUACCCCCAACGACUCCAAUCGUUCUACCGCUUCUCCAAUGCCGCACGUGUAUCCUCAGACCUCCGUUAUUCUCUUUUUCAGGCCAAUGGGUUAAAGUUACCGAAACAAGAACAAAACGCAUGGAUCGAUAUCUUUUCAACUUACUGGACCGCCGUCGGAGAGAUUAUCAAACUCACUGAUUCUCCGUCAAGCGCGAGCUGGGUUAAGGUCUUCAACUCUUGGAAAGACUUGGCAAAUAUUCUCAUUAGGGGGUAUACGAACUUCGGUCUUCAGGCAUGGACAGUUCCAUGUCUAUACAUCGUUGGAAAAUACUUGCGAAUCUUCGCCAUGAGAGCAGACGCCGAACUGUCGUCUCAAGAUUCGGUUGCAUUCGGUGAUAAUUUCCAGGAUGACAUAGCGGCCGAUUUCGAAAAGAGCGCAAAGCUUGAGGAAUCGGCUCGCAUAAUUAACCGAAUGUUUACUCUAUGUCUAAGUGACAGAGCCCCGAUUGAGGAGUCGCGCAAAUGGGGCAUAUAUAAUACGACAAAUCUGCUGUUCAAAACUUAUUUCAAGAUCAAUUCUGUCUCACUUUCCAAGAAUCUUCUUCGCGCGCUCAACGCUUCAUCGGCAGACCUUCCAGAUAUGGAGGUCUUCCCCAAAUCUCACAUAGUCACCUUCAAAUAUUAUGUUGGGUUGAUUCACUUUCUGGAUGAAAAUUAUGCAGAGGCCGAAGAGCAUCUUGCAUACGCAUGGAACAUGUGUCACAAAGAUGCAGUCAAGAACAGGGAAAUGAUCCUUGCUUAUCUUAUCCCUUGUCACCUUGUCACGACACAUACUUUACCAAGCAAGAAGCUUCUUGCCCCAUUUCCCAGACUCGAGAGGCUGUUCCGUCCACUUUGCAACUGUAUCAUGAAGGGCGAUCUCAAUGGCUUCGACAAUGCUAUGACAGCAGGAGAGGAAGAAUUUGUUAAGCGGCGCAUCUACCUGCCUCUCGAAAGAGGACGUGAUAUCGCCUUGCGAAACCUAUUCCGCAAGGUCUUCAUUGCUGGAGGUUUUGAAGAACCUAAGGAUGGCCAGCCGCCGAUUCGACGUACACGUGUUCCUGUUGCUGAGUUCGCGGCAGCAUUGAGGAUAGGUACACAUGCAGAUGAUAGAUCUCGGGUUGAUAUUGACGAGGUUGAGUGUUUGCUAUCGAACCUCAUUUACAAGGGUCUUAUGAAAGGCUAUAUUGCUCGGGAGCGCGGCAUGGUGGUUCUAAGCAAGGGUGGCACUGCGUUCCCGGGAACCGGUGUCUAAGAGCGAUACAGCCAGCUUAAGACGAGAGGCAUGUUAGCGCCGAUUAUCUACUUAAUCUCGUCCAUAUUCCCUGCACAUACCGUCAGAAACUUCGAUCAUCAGAGGAUCAUUAUCCGAACGGUCCUGGAUGCAGAUGAUCCAGUUAUCAACUUGCGCUGCUCAGCAUUUACGACCCCCACCAGAUCUUUUAGCCCCUUGCGCUAUGCACAGAUUUCAACUCUAGUCCAACUACUACACGAACCUUGAUGACUAGAUUCACAACAUAGCUUUUGCGACAUGAACAGUAACGGAACAUGACGGACUACGGAAUACCAGUCAUUCAGAGUCUUCUUGCUCAAUUGAUAGCUUCGACGAUUGCUCCAAGAGAGAGAAAUGGCAUCUUCAAUGACCCAAAUAUAGAAGUUUGCAUGAUUUACGACGAGCAGAUGCACUACAUUGGUUUCAGAAUAUCAAUAUUGUACCAAAGGAUCUCUUACCAUGGGCGAUAAUCUAUCUUUGGCUUACAUUUACACAGUAUAUCUGAUACAAGAUGUGAAGAAUUGAAAAAAAA